AUGGAAUUAAUGAAUGGCUCUAUAAUGAACUUCACCACACCUGAAGCGUCAACCAACCCAACGGAGUCUGAACAUCGAUUGAUAAUAGUCAUUUUUGUACUGGGCUUCCAUUUCAUGUUAGGUCUGUUUACACAUUCUUAUGUUAUAUGGAUCAUCGUCAGAGGAACAGCAAGUGGACUUGCAUCAGAGUUCUUCAACCUCAAUCUCUCUGUCUUUGAGGAUGUUCUGUCUCUGAAUUCUUUAUUUGCUUUGUUGGCCAUACGAUUUCCAAGCCUUAAUAUAAUUUCACAUUUUUUAGUGGGACUUUCCACCACCGGUCGUCCUCUGUUUCAGUGUCUGAUCUGUGUUGAGUGUUACCUGGCAGUGGUUCAUCCUGUAACCUUUCUGAAGUACAAACCUCUCAGAUAUAGAGUGAUCUGCUGCACUGCGGCCUGGAUAAUUAUUAUUGGAUCCUGUUUGUUCUCCAUGAUAUUUUUAGUCUUUCUCAGUGAAAUGGCACAUACAUGGUUCUAUACUCUGCAUUUCCUCCUCUUCUUCUUCGUUCAGAUGUUUUUCCUUGUGGCUGUUCUUAUAGCUCUGAAACAUUCAGGACCGGGAGAGAGAGGGCAGGAAAACCCCAUAAAGAGAAGGGCAUUUUAUCUCAUUCUGUUAACUACUAUUAACUUGUCUAUUAUAUAUGUCCCAACUGCUAUCGCGGGGCUCCACAAGAUUGUGACUAAAGGGGAUAUCCCAGCCCACUAUGAGAAAGUAGGUGCUCUACUAAGUAAAAUAAGUUCAAAGCAAAGCAAAUGA